UGCGUGGUUGCACCGAGAAGCUUGUAGAAACAGUUUGAGAGAAAACCAGCUGGAAUUUAUCACCUCUUGCAUAAUUACACACACACACAGUGAACUCGUAAGGUCAGCAGCGCGCCCCGGUGAGGGGGACAGGACCGUGGGGACCGAAGCUGUCAGUAAUCCGCUGCUUGAACGGAAUCUGGACUGGACUGACCACAGCACCAGGGGACCAGAUUCUCCUGUGUCUCCGAGGAGGAGCUGCAGCCUCACAUUCUUCUCCAUGCAUGUGAACUUUGAAAACUUCUGCACGUGCCAUUCCAGUUUGGAGUCCCGGGACUUUUUUGGCACACCUUUACGCACGCCUGCGCUGCGCUGCGCUCUGUGACUGUCACACACCGUCCGGCCUGACUGUGUGAGAAACUGUCAACCCGGGCCAUGCUGCAGUGACCCCGGCCCGCUCCAGCCUGGGACUUCAUGACCAAGUUGUAAACAGCAGGAGGCGAAGAAGGAUGCUUGGAAAAUAUUUAUAACGCACCAAAACCUUUCGUGUUACUUGACCGAGCAGAACCGAGGCCGUUAAAUCACAAGGAGGCAAGUGGGCUGCAGAGGUGAAGCGAGGACAAGACAGGUUGGUGUCUCCAAAUUCACCGGGCUCGAGUUUCAGCCGCCCCGGGGGCUCCGGGUAUUAAAGCGUGCAUUUGACCUGGGAUAAGUUGUCAACAAGAGCAGCGAGCAGAGGCAAACUGGCAGGUGUACAAGUUCAUUUACAUGCAGACGUAUAUUCACGCCACUAUAUAUAGAAGUUGUCUUAGGGACGAGCAGCAGCCUUAAAAAGUUUCUCCACCCACCCGCCGGCCCUGCAGCAGCCCCACGCACCGGGCGUGUGCGUGUGUCUAUAUAUACACCAUACAGGCUUUUAUUCCUCUGUGCAAUCUGUAUCCGAGGGGGCUGCCCGCCGUCGGUUUGGCUGUGAGGGCAGGAGUUGUCGCAUGGACUGAAAUGGCCACCGACCUCGCCAUGAGCGCGGAGCUGCCCAACAGCCCUCUGGCCAUCGAGUACGUCAACGACUUUGACCUGAUGAAGUUUGAGGUGAAGAAGGAGCCGCCGGAGGCCGACCGCUACUGCCACCGCCUCCCGUCGGGCUCUCUGUCCUCCACCCCGAUCAGCACACCCUGCUCAUCCGUGCCUUCCUCGCCGAGCUUCUGCGCCCCGAGCCCGGGCGCGCAGCCCAGCCAGAGUCUGACCAGCGGGGUCAACAGCAGCGGCAGCAGCAACAACAGCAGCGGCAACAACAAUCACGGCAGCGCCGGCAAGCCUCAGCUGGAGGACCUGUACUGGAUCCCCAGCUACCAGCACCACAUCAACCCCGAGGCGCUCAACCUGACCCCGGAGGACGCGGUGGAGGCCCUCAUCGGCAACGCGCACCACCAUCACCACCACCACCAGGCCUACGAGGGCUUCCGCGGGCAGCAGUACGUCGGGGAGGACCUGUCCACGGCCUCCGUGGGCCAUCACCACCAGGCCCAUCACCACCACCAUCACCACCACCACGGCCACCACGCCCGCCUGGAGGACCGCUUCUCGGACGAGCAGCUGGUCAGCAUGACGGUGCGCGAGCUGAACCGGCAGCUGCGGGGCUUCAGCAAAGAGGAGGUGAUCCGCCUGAAGCAGAAGAGACGCACCCUGAAGAACCGCGGCUACGCGCAGUCCUGCCGCUUCAAACGCGUCCAGCAGAGACACAUGCUGGAGACCGAGAAGUGCACCCUGCAGAGCCAGGUGGAGCAGCUGAAGCAGGACGUGGCGCGCCUCGUCAAGGAGCGGGAUCUGUACAAGGAGAAGUACGAGAAGCUGGCCAGCCGGACCUACAGUGCCGGCGGAUCCGCGAACACGAGAGACCCGUCCGGGAAACAGGCCAGCACCGAGUUCUUCAUUUUUUCCCUCGACAGAAAAGACUUCACACACGACGAGUCAAAUAACGAGCAUUAGAUGCGCAUUUUGAGUCUUAAACUUCUGUAGGCUCCCUCCGAGCUGUCAGGUGAGCACAUGGGAUCACUUAGCCUGUCCACUUGUCUCCGCUGAACCUGGUCGGAAGUCUUAUGACAUUUAACUGGACUGUCUUAACACACAGAGAGAUGAGUUUGUCUUAAAGCUGAGGGAAAGAUUUCACAUCACUGGACUGGAGCGGAAGCAGGAACAGCAGUACGCCGCCUCUCUUUGGGCUCCACAGACUGUUUGUGUGGAAGCAGACAAGAGACUUUGAGUAGUGCAAGUCAAUAGUUUCCCGUCCCCAUUUGCGACCCUGCAUGCAGGACAUGUAUGGUAACCUCCAGUCAUCUCCCACAGUCCCCCCACAUGUAUGAAAGCAUGGGCCAUGGUUCCCUCCUCCUCCCCCGUCCCCAGUCAGGCCUGGGUAUGCAAAAAGCCACAGAAAGUGUCCCUUCCUCCCGUCAUAAACCUCCACCCCGGAGAGGUGCAAGGACUGCGGACGAAAAUGCAACAAUCUGCUAACCUGGAUGCGUCUUUAACUGCUAUUUUCAAUCAAUUUUUCUAUUGUUUUAAAAAGAAAAGAAAAACGACAAAAAGAGAUUAACUGAGCCAGAUUUUAGACUGUAUUUAUUUCCACCUGUACAUAACGUGUAGAGAAAAAACAGUGAACUGUGUUAUUUUCUCUUUUUAAAGAAAACCGCUUUUGUUGCUUGGAUUCUUCGAAAUGUCUUAAUACAAAAUGUUUGUAUGUUACAGCAUGCAAAUCGUCUAUGGUAUCCUCCUCCUAACUGAACAUGUGUAAUGUCAAAGGCAAGCCUAUACUGCACUAAGAAGAGAUCCGACCGGACUUUGGUUUUGAUAGGACCUUUGAUCUGUUAGAAACUGGAUGUAAAGCCUCGAUCAUUAGACGGACAAGGACUGCACUCGCUGCUAAAACUCUAUGCACCAAAACUGAUGAUUAAAAACUUUCUCUUUUAUUUUUUUUUUUUUGUUGUUUUGUUUUGUUUUUUACUUUGGACGUUUGUAGAGGAAAAACUGAGUGCGGGCCUGCGGGUUCGCCCCGCAGCCCGGCGUCUUAAUGCGGUCCGACAGGAGGAUGCGUGACUGUUUGAAAAGAGGAGAGUUUGCCUGCUGGUGGAGCUUACUGUUCUUGGAGUAACUCUUUGCAUUAUUCUGUCCACCAGAAACCCCUGGUUAGUGUGUUUUCUGCUGCCUAGAUAUAUGUGCAAUAUUGUGCAGAAGCGUCUGAGCUGCCUGACGGAACAGAGGCUGGAAUUAUCAGGUCAAAAUGCCGCAGAAAAACCGCUCGAAAAUGCGAAAUAAAUGUGAGACAUUUUUUAUUGCUCCCCAAAUGUUCCAUCCUUUCUGUCAAAAAUGAUCUAAAUGAAUCCUGCAAAUUAAUCAAAAUUUCUUCACGGCUUUUCUUCGUUUUAAUUCGAUUUUAAACCUCACAUUAAAUCCAGCAGAGCCUACAGAUUUGAAUAAUAAAAACUGGAUGAAUAAUAAAGCAAAGCAGACUUCUGCACAGUGCUGUUAAUGUAUAUCUGUACAUAUGAUUUCUAUAUUUAUUCAAUGAACGUGUCCUAACGUGUCAACAAGUGAAAAACCUUCAAAGUGGAACGUUGUUGAGAAUCUUGUUUUCAUAAUGUUUAAUAAAAAGUUUCUGUCCCAAAACCCGUCAGCCUGCCGCCGCCGUCAUUCUUCCAUCAAAGGUUUUAUUUUGAAAAACAAAGAGAAAAGGCUUCCUGGGGCGUCCGUCUCAUUUCACAUCGGCUCAGUUUCCUCGCACAUAAACACAUUUAAAUUGAUGAAGUAAAUGAUUUCUUACAGUCUAAAUUAUUUUAUUUGUGAAGUAAAAA